AUGGACGCCAAGACAGAAGCCGAUGACAGAAAGCUGUCAGAGCUUCAGACUGCUCCAUUCAUCACCAUCUCUUGCGGCCAGAGAGUGUGUCUCAUUGCGAAGCCGGCGACCUACGGCGACCUCAACAAGGCGAUCCACGACCUCUUCUUCCUUCCCUCUGGCACAAAGUUCAGAAUCUACCACACUCCGCGUUGGAUGACCAGCGAGGUAGAGAUUGGUGCCGAUGCGCUCGCCUUAAUCGCCAACCAAGACUCUCUUCGCAUUGCCCUCAUGGGAACGGUCGUUGUCGAAGUCCAAAUCACCACCUACGGUGUGCAGAAUUACAACUACAUUAUCGAUAGUUGGAGCCCUCUGGCCAAGCUGCUGGACUUGGUGAAGAACACCACUCAGCUUGGACUGCAAAACGAUAGAAUUGCCCUCUGGUACGAUGGAAUUCGCAUCGGCGACUUCGAUACCCCGGAGACCCUCAAGAUGGCCGGAGGUGGCAGCAAGAUCGAGGUUCGCAAGGAGAACGGAUACGGCAGAAUCGCCUGA